UUUGUUUGCGCGGCUUUCAGGCAAGUUUGCUGAUUCUCGUCCUCUCCCUCCCUCGUUGGUCUACGUUUCGUGUACGCAAACCAUGCAUACAUAACAUAACAUGUAGCCUUCUUUUGCCCGUUCUUUGAUAGUGGCACGCACCCCUUCGAGACUUGACAGGUUCGAUCCAUCGUUAGUUAUAGUGAGCGAGUUGAAACCAUCCUUCCCAACUCAACUUCCCGCGCAUCCAUCCACCAGGCCCCGAGGCCUAAACAAGCAGCUAUAUGCGCCCUUUUCCCUCGAUCCGGUAGAACUUUGCGCCAAAAACCUGGCGAUUCGCGAGAACGCGGACAAACGGGGCGCAUGGAAUUCCAGCAAUGAACCGCCGCUGCCGCCGGCCUCCUCGCAUCCUUCUUCAACCAUAGAUCUAGAACCAAACCCGUUCAUCUCAAAUCUCACAACCACAUAACAACCCCGAGUUCUACAUCAUCAACACGCCACGCCAUGCCCCUCACCAUGCGCCGGGCCACCCCGGCCGACGUCCCGGACCUCGCCGCCAUCUACUUCUCCGCCUUCCACGACAACCCGGUAGCAAUGGCCUGCUUCCCGGCCUCCUCGCCCGCGUGCCGCGACUUCAUCGCCGCCUCCUUCACGGAGGAGAUGGCCGACCCGCGCGCCCACUGGCUCGUCGUGACGGACCCGGACGCCCCGGAAUCCCCCGACCAGCCCAUCGCCUGCGCGAAAUGGGUCGGUCCCCCCGCCGCCGCCGCCGGCGAGCCCAACGUCCAUCCGCCCCCCGCCAUCGACGCCUGGCCGAAAGAGGGCGACCCGGCCUUCGCCGACCGCUUCUUCGGCGGCAUCAACCGGCGCCACGCCGAGAUCAUGGCCGACGUCCCGCACUACUACCUCGAGCUCAUCGUCUGCCGGACCGAGCACCAGGGCAAGGGCGCCGCGAGCCCCUUGCUGCGCUGGGGCUGCGAGAGGGCCGACGAGGACGGCCUGCUGGCCUUCCUCGAGGCCGUCCCGGCGGCCCGGCCCGUCUACGAGCGGUACGGCUUCCGCACGGUCGAUCGGCUGGAGAUCACGGCGCCGGGUGGCGGGACCGUGACGCAGGUUUUCAUGCUGAGGGAGGGCAGGGCAGCGGACGACUAUGGGCGCGUGGUGGCCGGGCUGGGCAAGUCGGAAUAGGUCCAGUGUCGACGUAUGCAUCGAACCGCAUCGUGGGAAUUGCCUCCCGAGACAUUGGGUCAUGUGGCUCGCCGUUUGCAUAAGCACAACCCACCAUGUUGAACUC